GAUGAUGAUUCUGUUCAACAAAAAGUUAUUCUAGUUGCAGAAAAGGAUCCAAAAAAUGGGAUUCUGGGGCUAUUUAAUUGUGUUAGAAGAGAAUCUGGUGGUGAUAGAACUAGGUUUGUAUUCUAACUAACUAGGUAACUAGGUAUCUAGUACAUUAUAUGAACGUACAAAAUAUUAUUUUAACAGUAGACUUUUUCCAUCAAUUCUACACAAAAUAUAUUUUUAAUUUGUAAUUAAAAUCUAUCGGAUAUUAGUCCAAUGUUGGACAAGUUAAGCUUUUAAUCAACGAAUUCAAAUUAAGUUAAUUAUUUUAAUAUGAAAACUAAUGAAGUUAAAAAAAAUGUUAUUUUCUUACAUUUCCUGUUGUGGGUAGGAAGUUGGGAAGGUAUGAUAUAGAUAAGAAUUUAAUGUACAUCUGUAAAACGAUUAAGCAUUGCUAACCAAAAAAACGAAAAAACAUUUGAUAAUGUUGUUUUGUGAACAUUAUAAAUGUCAUGUAAUGGAAAAAUAAUUACAUAUGCUUUAAACAUUUGGGUAAUAUUGUACCUCUUUUCCCAUACAUUCGAUUUUCCCAUGUUUUCCUGGUUUUAUGCACCAAUAAACAUCGCAAAUUAUUUGGAAUCCUCCCAUAUUACGAGGAAGAUGGCUUUAUGUAAUAAACUUCCAACAAAUGAAGUUUUUUCUUUUCAUCCUCAACGAUAAUUUUAAACUCGUAUUUACCUAAAUAUCGAUUUGUCAUACUCAUUAAUACAAAACAAUUAUUUAUUUUAAUUUAGUUUAUUAUCGUUUAAUAGAUAAUCUCUAAAAUUUCUUGAUACUAUUGGGCUUUUGUCCAUUUAUUAAUUUGAAUAAAUUAUUAUUAUUAUAUUUUUUUUAAGUAUUAUAUUUAUUGAUUUUGCUAAAAAUUAUUAUUUAAUAUUUAUUUGGUCUAUUCAUUUUUAGAUGCGUGUUUAUAAUGGAUGAAAAUGCGCCAGCAUUUUCGUUGGAUGAACCUUUAUAUAAGAAUCAAUUAAAAAAGGAUUUAGCAUUAAAUGUUUACAAAAAUAAUGUUUGGGGAUCAUAUAGACAUUUAUUACUUGAACCUCCGUCUUUAGUAGAAUCACAACAUAGUUGUGCAAAUACAACUAUUCGUGGUGAUUUAUCCUCUUUCAAAUGGUUGGAUGCUCCAAUUGUUCCAUACUCACAAAACCCAGAAAAUUCAAACGUAGUACAUAAUUACUAUUGUGCAGUAAACUUUAAAGACAUUAUGUUAGCUACAGGAAAACUUGCUCCCGAUGUUGUUGUCAAAGGUCGUAUAAAUCAAGAAAAUCUACUCGGUUUCGAAUAUGCGGGACGUAAUGAAAAAGGGGAACGGGUUAUGGGACUGGUUGGUUCAAAGGCAUUAUCAAAUUUAAUUGAAUGUGAUCCAUAUUUUCUAUGGAAGGUACCUGACCCGUGGUCACUUGAAGAUGCAGCUACUGUACCAGUCGUUUACGGAACAGUAUGAAAAAUAGAUUAACGUUUAUAUUAAUUUUAUAGUUAAUUAUGGUUUCUUAGGCAUUAUACUCUUUCGUAAUCAGUGGUCGAAUAAAACGUGGUGAUUCUGUACUUAUCCAUGCCGGAUCUGGUGGAGUUGGUCAAGCCGCUAUAAAUUUAGCACUUUUUUAUGGAUGUGAAGUUUUUACAACAGUUGGAACGCCAGAAAAAAAGGAGUUUAUUAAAACUCAUUUUCCACUGGUAUAUAUUAUUAUAUAUUUUGUUUUUCAAUCCGUAGGUCAAUUUACAUAAUAUUAAUACUCCUUGUUUUCCUGUUGUUCAGCAUGUCCUUAUGCUCUUUACAGAAUAAAUCUUCUCUGUUGAUUGGCAUAACUCAUGCUUUAUCUUAAUUGCAAUCAAGAGUUAUCAUUCUUUCAGUUAUGAUGUGAGAAGUUGACUUAAAAGUAAUAAAUUAUUGUUAGAUUCCAGAAAGCCAUAUUGGUAACUCAAGAGAUACAUCAUUUGAACAAAUGAUCAUGAUGGAAACAAAUGGAAAAGGAGUAGAUAUGGUGUUGAAUUCAUUAUCUGAUGAAAAGCUUUUGGCCUCAGUUAGAUGUUUAGCAACCGGUGGACGAUUUUUAGAAAUAGGAAAAUUUGAUUUAGCCAAUAACAUCAUGUUAGGUAGGUAAUGCAUUCAAUAUAGAAAUAAUAUAAUAUUUUAUCAAAACCUUAAUUUAUUUUUAGGCAUGGAAUCAUUUUUAAAAGAUAUUAGUUUUCAUGGGGUUAUGUUGGACACAUUGUUUACUAGUGCAGCUAAAUUUAAACAUUCUUUACAGUGUCUUGUACAAGAACACAUUGAUUUGGGAGCUAUAAAACCAUUAGUACGUACAGUUUUUGAAUGUGAUCAAGUAGAACAAGCAUUUAGGUACAUGGCCUCAGGUAAAAAUAUUGGUAAGGUACUUUUGAAACUUAGAACUGAAGAAAAAGAACGUGUUAUCAAAGCAAUGCCUAUACCUCAAAUUGCUCAUCCUAAAGUAAUGUUUGAUAAAAAUUCAUCUUGUAUUAUUUGCGGUAAUUGUAAUAAGAAAUAUAUUUUAUUUAUUAUAAUAAUGUGAAUGUAUUUACUAUGAAAUUGAUUUAUUUAUAGGUGGUCUUGGAGGUUUUGGUCUUGAACUAGUUGAUUGGAUAGUUUUAAGAAAUGCAAAGAAUAUUAUUAUUACUACUAGAGUAGGUAUCCGCAAUGGAUAUCAAGCAUUAAGAAAACGCGUAUGGGAAUUAUAUGGAGUUAAAGUAGUUAUUUCAACUGCUGAUAUUACUACUGAGGAUGGAGUAAAACAAUUACUUAAUGAAGCAAAUCAAUUGGGACCAGUGUCUUCUAUUUUCAAUCUUGCUGUGGUAUAUAUAUUUAUAAUUUAUUAGUUAAUAAUGGUGUUUUGGAAAUAAAAAAACCUAUAAGAAAUAUCAUUUAACUUUAAAACUAUAAUUUACCAGUAUGUUAAUGUACAUAUUUAGUGAUAAUUAAACAAUAAAAAUAAACAAUUGUUUUUAAAUUGACGAUAAUUUAAACACAUUUAUUUCUAUAAACCAAUAUUUUUGUAAAAAAAAAUAUAAAAUAUAUAUAGGCAAGUCCAGAAAAAGGGAGGGGCAGAGGAGGCCAUGGCCUUAAGCUCCCUUAAGCUUAAUAAUUAUACAACAAUUCUAUUAAUUUUGGAAGUUAAAAUCCAAACAAUUAAAAUUCCGAUAGAUGCAAUAUCAUUGCAUUUAUUUUGCUCUCGUGGACUCCUCUGGCAAAUAUUUUAUUUGAGAAUUUAGAACUUGCGGGAUUUUGACCCAGUGGGCAUUGUAACUAUCAAGAUUUGGACCCUAUUAGUAUUUUGAAGUUUGUACUGUUGAUAUUUGGGACCGAGCUCAUUGAAAGGUAUGAAUAAAAAAAAUUUAAGUUUCUUCUUUAAUCUUCUUAUAAAAUAUGUUGUAUUUCUAAUGAAUGCAAUUUUUUAGAAUAUUUGAGUUGUAAUUUUAAAUCGUAAGACUCGAAGUACAUAAGAUUGUUAUGACCUUGAUUCAUGUAAUAUUUGUACUCUUAGGAAUACCAUAAUUACUAUUAUAAAUACCAUAGUCAUUGAUUUAAAUUUUAAAUUAUUUUUUUAGGUUUUAAAAGAUGCUUUAUUUGAAAAUCAAACUGAGGAAAAUUUUAUUGCAUCUGCUGGACCAAAAGCUAUUGCUACCGCAUUACUAGAUAAAUAUUCUAGAAUAAUGUGUCCCGAGUUAAAACAUUUUGUAAUAUUUUCGAGUGUAAGUUGCGGACGUGGUAAUACCGGCCAAACUAAUUAUGGCAUGUCUAAUUCAGUAAUGGAAAGAAUAUGUGAAAUCCGGAAAUCAGAAGGUUUACCAGGUUUGGCCAUUGAAUGGGGAGCUGUCGGUGACGUAGGCCUUGUAGCUGAUAAGGCUGAAGAAAAUCAAGAAGUAGUCAUUGGUGGUACUUUACAACAAAAAAUAGACAACUGUUUAGAAAUAAUGGAUCAUUUAUUAACUCAGAAAAACUAUCCAAUAGUCAGUAGCAUGGUAGUUGCUGAAAAACGUGCUUCUAGUAGUAAUACUGGCACUAUUGUUGACACAGUAAUUAACAUGUUGGGUCUUAGAGAUCUAAAAACGAUUAGUUUACAUUCAACUCUGGCAGAAUUCGGUUUGGACUCAAUUAUUACUGUUGAAAUUAAACAAAUAUUUGAAAGACAAUUUGAAGUAUUUUUAACGUCCCAUGAAAUAAGAAAUAUAACUCUAUCAAAAUUGCAAGAACUCGCAGCUUCGGAUGUUAAAGAAAAUAAACUCGGUUUAAUGAACCCAAGACAAUGAAUGAAAUAUCUGAUGUAGGAUUGAGUUAUCUUAUAAAAGCUAUAGGAGAAGAAUCGUCUGCGAAUAAUUUAGUUGUGCAUGUACCAUCUUUAUAAGAUUGUUUCUAAAUGAAUAAUAAAAAACAACAUAUGAAAUUUACUUUACUUUUAUUUUUAUAUUAU